AUGGUUACUCGUGCUUUACAUUUAGAAGUAGUCAGUGACAUGAACACCGAGGCAUUUUUGGCAGCUUUCAGACGUUUCGUGUCUAGACGUGGUCACUGUGCUAAGUUGUGGAGCGAUAACGGUACCACUUUUGUCGGUGCCGCAAGAGAGUUAAAGGAAUUAGUAGCAAUUCAACCAUCUAUAGCAGAGCAUUUAGAAUCGAAUGGUACGGAGUGGCACUUCAUUCCUCCGUACAGUCCCAAUUUCGGCGGACUGUGGGAAGCAGGGGUAAAAUCAACAAAAUUUCACUUAAAAAGAGUCAUAGGUGACUCGACCCUUACAUUCGAGGAAAUGACCACGCUUCUGACCCAAGUGGAAGCUUGUUUGAAUUCGCGACCCAUGAGUGUUAUUCAUGUCGGUGAUCCUGGUAAAGCAUUACCUUUAAUACCUGGACAUUUCCUAAUUGGCGAACCCUUACUGAAUGUACCGGAUAAUCAAUUUGAAAGUUCAAGGUUGAAUCACUUAUCGCGUUGGCAAUUUGUUCAGAGAAUGAUUCAAUCGUUUUGGAAACGUUGGUCAAACGAAUACCUGUCUAAUUUGAUGAAUCGGUAUAAAUGGUCUUGUCAAGUUCCUGAACCAUCAGUUGGUGACAUAGUCUUGAUAAAGGAAGAUAAUUUACCACCAAAUCGUUGGUUGUUAGGUCGUAUAUUACAUAAACAUCCUGGUAGUGAUAAUAUUACCCGUGUAGUCACAGUACGCACUAAGACCAAUACAAUUAAAAGACCAACGUCUAAAAUUUGCAUUCUACCAAUUACCGAACAAAAGAAUGUUUAA